AAAACGAAGGCGCGGAGAGAAGGCCGUCCGAAAACAGGCGCAAACAAGCAGAAGAAGAAGAGCGAGGAGAAGAAGAGAGAGAAAGUAGAGAGAGAGAGAGAGAGAGCUGGACUUCUCUGCAUUUUGCCUCGUCCAUGGUUUCCUCCUUCCUUCCUUUCUCCUCGUCUUCCAACGGAAGUCGCGUUUCCGUUCAGCUCCCCGCCUCCUGAUUCCUAGGGCUCAGGGAAAACGGAACAUCUCUCGAGAAAAUCGGGAAAGAAAAACCAAAAAAGAAUAAGAAAAUCUCGCCGGAACAUUUCUCGAGAAAAUCGGGGGCGCGGCUGGAAUCGCGGAUCAGCGAGCUCCGGGGCGAGGACGAGGGGGGGGAACCGGAUCUCGCCGCGCCGAUUCCGAUCCCGCUUCCGAUCGGACGCCGGCGUCCGAGCUUCGGCUCCGCGCCGCAUUGGUUUUGACUUUUCCGCCCUUUCUUAAUUUGGGGGAUCGUUCCUCCGGGCCGUCGCCCGAGCUUUCGGGAGAUCGGGGGGGAAUUCGAGCGGUUCGGGGGAGAUCCGGUCGUUUUUCCCGUCCGGCGGAUGAGAAGAGCGGGGAAGGGAGCCGAGUGAUUGGGGAGGAGGCGUUCGAUCGACAAUGAAAUGGGUUACAUUGCUUAAGGACAUCAAGGAGAAGGUCGGGUUAACGCAAUCUCCGACUUCGACCGCCUCGUCUUCCUCCCCGGCGUCCGCCGGCCGCAAUGAUCUCCACGGCGCCCCUCCCGUCCGCUAUGACUAUGCUUCCUCUCCUGCGAGGGACAAACAUGAGCUGGAAUUGGACUUUAAAAGAUUUUGGGAAGAGUUCCGCUCAUCCAGCUCGGAAAAGGAGAAAGAAGCAGCGUUGAAUUUGACUGUAGAUGCUUUUUGUAGAUUAGUGAAGCAGCAUGCUAACAUAGCACAGUUAGUUACCAUGUUAGUUGAAACACACAUCUUCUCAUUUGUUGUGGGAAGAGCAUUUGUCACGGAUAUUGAAAAGUUGAAAAUUAGCAGCAAAACGAGAUCCUUGAAUGUGGUAGACAUUUUAAGGUUCUUUUCAGAAGUUACACAGGAGAGCAUCUCUCCUGGGGCAAACUUGUUAACUGCAGUUGAAGUACUUGUUUCUGGGCCAGUCGACAAGCAAUCACUUCUUGAUUCUGGGAUCCUUUGUUGCCUCAUUCACGUUCUCAAUGCCCUUUUGGGUCCUGAUAGAGCUGAUGAAUGGUCGAAGGUGAUUGUUGGAGAAGCUGAAAAGGAUCAAGAUAAGGACUUAAGGCAAGUCCGGCGGCUUGAGGUAGAGGGAAGUGUCGUGCACAUUAUGAAAGCAUUGGCAAACCAUCCUUCAGCAGCCCAGAGUUUGAUUGAGGAUGACUCAUUACAGUUGCUUUUUCAUAUGGUGGCCAAUGGUUCUCUGAAAGUCUUUUCUCAGUUUAAGGAAGGUCUUCUUCCCCUUCACAGCCUACAGCUUCAUAGACAUGCUAUGCAGAUACUGGGUCUGCUUCUGGUCAAUGAUAAUGGAUCCACUGCCAAAUAUAUUCGAAAGCAUCAUUUGAUAAAAGUUCUCUUGAUGGCUGUGAAGGAUUUCAAUCCCGACUCUGGUGAUUCUGCUUACACGAUGGGCAUUGUGGACUUGUUACUUGAAUGUGUAGAACUGUCAUACAGACCUGAGGCUGGAGGAAUCAGGCUAAGAGAGGAUAUCCACAAUGCUCAUGGUUAUCCCUUCCUUGCUCAGUUUGCAUUGGUUAUGUCUAGCAUGCACAAAGGUCGGAGUACUGAGCCAACCUAUGCAAAGUCAUAUUCUGACAAGGAUUAUACUUCGGACGGUUCCCAUGCACUUUUAGAUAGACAUGACCUUGCCAAUAAAGAGGAUUCUGCACAGGGAAAUCUGUCCCCAGCCCUCUCAAGAUUACUAGAUGUUCUUGUUAAUCUAGCUCAAACUGGACCUACUGAAGCAAUGGUAUCUUCUGGAGGGAAAGGACCCAAAUCUUCUCAUUUGAAAAGUACAGCACACAACAGGAGCCGCACAUCCUCUUUUGACCGAGUUGCUGAUGUGGUGAGAGACAAUAAAGUUAAGGACCUUGACGCAAUCCAGGUACUGCAGGAAAUCUUUCUCAAAGCAGACAAUGGGGAAUUACAGGAGGAAGUACUAAACAGAAUGUUUAAAAUAUUCUCAAGCCAUUUGGAAAACUACAAGUUAUGUCAACAAUUACGCACAGUUCCACUCUUCAUCCAAAACAUGGCCGGUUUUCCUCCGUCUUUUCAGGAGAUAAUUUUGAAAAUUCUUGAGUAUGCAGUAACAGUUGCAAAUUGUGUUCCUGAGCAAGAAUUACUUUCACUGAGCUGCCUAUUGCAGCAGCCAAUAACACCAGAAUUAAAGCAGACGGUUCUUUCCUUCUUUGUGAAACUUUUGUCCUUUGAUCAACAAUACAAGAAAGUCUUGCGAGAAGUAGGUGUGUUGGCGGUUCUGCUAGAUGACCUUAAGCAGCACAAGUAUCUUCUGGGUCCAGACCAACAUAGUGGGAACACCAAGAACCUGGAGAAAAAGUCAAGCUCUAGCAGCUUCCAGAAGCAUUUGGACAGUAAAGAUGUCAUUAUAUCUUCACCAAAGUUGUUGGAAUCUGGUUCUGGGAAGUUUCCUAUUUUUGACAUUGAGGGCACAAUCGCAAUUGCAUGGGACUGUUUGGUAUCUCUGCUAAAGAAAGCUGAAACUAACCAAGCAGCAUUCCGUACUGCGGAUGGUGUGCCCUCCAUUCUUCCUUUUCUGGCAUCUGAUAUUCAUCGUCCGGGGGCCCUCAGGGUGCUGUCAUGUUUGGUCAUUGAAGAUAUCUCGCAGGCUCAUUCUGAAGAGCUGAGCGCGGUUGUUGAUGUCCUCAAGAGUGGAAUGGUUACCAGUGUUUCAGGAAGUCAAUACAGACUGACAGAUGAUGCAAAAUGUGACACUAUGGGGACCGUGUGGCGCAUCCUUGGAGCAAAUGAAUCAGCUCAGAGGGUUUUUGGUGAAGCAACUGGAUUUUCACUUCUUCUAACAGUGCUUCAUGAUUUCAGAAGUGAAGAAGGAAACACAAAUCCUUCUUUAAAAACUUAUAUCAAGGUCUUUACGUAUUUGUUGCGGGUUGUGACAGCAGGAGUGUGUGAUAAUGCAGUCAAUAGAAUCAAACUGCAUACGGUUAUAUCGUCCCAAACUUUCUUUGAUCUUCUAUCAGAAUCAAGCUUGCUGUGUGUUGAGUGUGAGAAGCAAGUAAUACAAUUGUUGCUGGAACUUGCACUAGAAAUUGUGCUGCCACCAUUUUUUACUUCUGAAACUGCAAGAUCAUCUGAGUUGACUGAAAGUGAAUCUGCGAAUUUUCUCUUUGUAACCCCGUCUGGUAUAUUGGACAUCAACGAGAAACGAGUGUACAAUGCUGGUGCAGUCAGAGUUCUCAUUCGUUCGCUGUUGCUCUUUACACCAAAGGUGCAGUUGGAAGUGCUAAACCUUAUUGAAAAGCUUGCUCGUGCUGGCUCCUUUAAUCAAGAAAAUCUAACGUCUGUAGGAUGUGUGGAACUGUUGUUGGAGACUAUUCAUCCGUUCAUAUCGGGCUCAUCUCCUUUACUUUCAUAUGCUUUGAAGAUUGUGGAAGUUCUCGGGGCAUACAGGUUAUCUGCCUCAGAAGUCCGAGCGCUUGUUACAUACAUUCUCCAGACGAGACUGAUGAAUUCUGGUCAUAUUCUUGUUGAUAUGAUGGAAAAGUUAAUUCUUCUGGAAGAUAUGGCCUCAGAGAAUGUUUCACUGGCACCGUUUGUGGAGUUGGAUAUGAAGAAAGUUGGGCAUGCAUCUAUUCAGGUGUCACUAGGAGAAAGAUCAUGGCCUCCUGCUGCUGGCUAUUCAUUUGUUUGUUGGUUUCAGUAUAAAAACUUCUUAAAAUCUCAGGCAAAGGAAACGGAACUUUCAAGAGCUGGUCCUUUUAGAAAGCGAGGCUCAAAUAUGCAGCGGAAUGAAAGGCAAAUCUUCCGGAUAUUUUCUGUUGGUGCUGCUAACAAUGAGAACACCUUUUAUGCUGAGCUUUACAUUCAGGAGGAUGGUGUCCUAACCCUUUCCACAAGCAACUCUAGCUCUUUAUCCUUUUCUGGUUUAGAACUGGAAGAAGGAAGAUGGCAUCAUCUUGCAGUUGUACAUAGCAAACCAAAUGCUCUUGCCGGUCUAUUUCAAGCCAGCAUUGCAUGUGUAUAUCUUAAUGGGAAACUUAGGCAUACAGGGAAACUGGGAUAUUCCCCUUCUCCGGCUGGGAAGUCUUUGCAGGUUACAAUCGGGACUCCUGGUAGUCAUGCAAGGGUUUGUGACUUGACAUGGAAACUGCGUUCCUGUUACCUUUUCGAGGAGGUGCUCACACCUGGUUGUGUCUGUUUUAUGUAUAUCCUUGGUAGAGGUUAUAGAGGGCUAUACCAAGACACAGAACUUUUGCGAUUUGUUCCUAACCAGGCCUGCGGUGGUGGUAGUAUGGCUAUUUUAGACUCAUUAGAUGCUGAGUUGCCUUUGGCUUCAAGUACCCAGAGGCUUGAUGGUGCUGCAAAGCAGGGAGAGUCCAAGGCAGAUCGUAGCGGGAUCGUUUGGGAUUUAGACAGGUUAGGGAAUCUCUCACUCCAGCUAUCUGGGAAGAAGCUAAUAUUCGCAUUCGAUGGAACCUGUACGGAAGCUAUUCGAACUAGUGGGCCUCUGUCGAUGCUCAAUCUUGUCGACCCUAUGUCAGCUGCUGCUUCUCCCAUAGGUGGUAUACCACGAUUCGGGCGGCUGCAUGGAGAUAUCUAUAUCUGCAGGCAGUGUGUGAUUGGUGAUGCUAUACGUCCUGUUGGUGGUAUGACUGUUAUUCUGGCCCUUAUCGAAUCUGCUGAAACCCGGGACAUGCUGCAUAUGGCACUUACUUUAUUAGCUUGUGCACUUCAUCAAAACCCUCAGAAUGUACAAGACAUGCAGAAGUGCAGGGGAUAUCAUUUAUUAGCUCUCUUUCUGCAUCGCAGGAUGUCAUUAUUUGAAAUGCAAUCCCUUGAGAUCUUUUUCGAAAUAGCUGCAUGUGAAGCUUCUUUUUCUGAACCAAAGAAGGUGAAACCUGCUCGAAACAGUUUGUCACCUGCCGCGAUUAUACAGGAAGCAAGUUUUGAGGAUCUAAAUCUGUCGAAGUUCCGCGAUGAAGUUUCUUCCAUUGGGUCACAUGGAGAUAUGGACGAUUUCUCAGCACAAAAAGAUUCAAUUAGCCAUAUCUCAGAGUUAGAAAGUGCCGAUAUGCCCGAAAAUUCAAAUUGCAUUGUCUUGUCCAAUGCAGAUAUGGUUGAACAUGUGCUGUUGGACUGGACAUUGUGGGUUACUGCCCCUGUUUCCAUUCAAAUUGCAUUACUUGGAUUUCUUGAGCAUCUAGUGUCAAUGCAUUGGUAUCGGAAUCAUAACCUCACUAUUUUGCGCCGAAUCAACCUGGUCCAGCAUUUGCUGGUGACUCUGCAACGAGGUGAUGUUGAGGUGCCAGUUUUGGAGAAGUUGGUUGUAUUGCUUGGAGUCAUUCUGGAAGAUGGUUUUCUGUCAUCUGAAUUGGAGCAUGUGGUUAGAUUUGUGAUUAUGACAUUCGAUCCUCCUGAAUUGACCCCACGGCAGCAAAUUGUGCGAGAGUCAAUGGGGAAGCAUGUCAUUGUUAGGAAUAUGCUGCUUGAGAUGCUUAUUGAUUUACAGGUGACUAUAAAAUCAGAAGAAUUGCUGGAACAAUGGCAUAAGACUGUCUCCUCUAAAUUGAUAACAUACUUUCUAGAUGAAGCUGUUCAUCCAACAAGUAUGAGGUGGAUUAUGACUCUUCUUGGUGUGUGUCUCGCUUCUUCUCCCACAUUUGCACUAAAGUUCCGUACAAGUGGAGGCUAUCAAGGUUUGGCACGGGUGCUUCAAAGUUUCUAUGAUUCGCCAGACAUAUAUUAUAUUUUGUUCUGUCUCAUGUUUGGAAAGCCUGUUUAUCCGAGAUUACCAGAAGUUCGUAUGCUGGACUUUCAUGCUCUUAUACCUGGUGAUGGAAGUUUUGUGGAGUUGAAAUUUAUGGAACUCUUGGAAUCUGUUAUUGCUAUGGCCAAGUCAACAUUUGAUAGAUUGAGUAUGCAAUCAAUGCUUGCCCAUCAAACUGGCAACCUCUCAGAGUUUGCUACUGGCCUUGUGGCAGAACUUUUCGAGGGAAAUGCUGAUAUGGCUGGAGAGCUUCAAGGUGAAGCUCUUAUGCACAAGACAUAUGCUGCGCGUUUAAUGGGUGGGGAGGCAUCAGCUCCUGCUGCUGCGACUUCAGUUCUGAGAUUCAUGGUUGACCUUGCAAAAAUGUGUCCUCCAUUUUCUGCUGUUUGUAGACGAGCAGAAUUUCUCGAGAGCUGUGUUGACCUUUACUUUUCUUGUGUUAGGGCUGCAUAUGCAGUGAAGAUGGCGAAAGAGCUCUCAUUUAAGACUGAAGAGAAACACUUAAAUGAUGGUGACGAUACCAGUAGCUCACACAAUACAUUUUCUAGCUUGCCUCAUGAGCAGGAGCAAUCAGCUAAAACCUCCAUAAGUAUCGGAAGCUUCCCUCAAGCCCAAAUAAGUUCAAGUUCUGAGGAAACACCUAUUCCUUGCAAUUAUACAGCCGAUAAUAGUGCUGAAAUCAAGAUCUCCACAUCCCAUCAGGAUUCAAGCAGAUCAAUCCUCAAAGAUGACCAGGCUGUUCAAAGCCUUGAUGGUGAGAUUGUUGAACCGGGGUCACCAACCUCUAGUACAAAUGCCCCAACCUUCCAUGAUGUUAAGACUGCGGAGUCUAAUGCUCAUUCCGUAGAUAUCCAGGAUUCUGCGCCUCCAACUGCAAUUAAUUCUCCCAGUUUAUCUGAGAAAUCUAACUUCAAAAUUGCGUUGACUCCCUCUUCAUCUCCAGUUAUUGCAUUGACAUCAUGGUUGGGAAGUACAAGCCACAACGAGGCCAAGAGUCCUCUUGUUGCUACUCCAUCCAUGGAAUCCUCUCUCUCUGCUAGUGAUUUUGAUAUGUCUUCUGAAUUUAAGUCCAGUUCUCACAGUUCAACCGCUGCCAAUUCCUUCUUUUCAGUUACUUCAAGGAUUCUUUUUGAAAUUGAUGAUGCUGGUUAUGGUGGUGGUCCCUGUUCUGCUGGAGCAACUGCUGUUCUAGAUUUUAUGGCAGAAGUUCUAUCUGAUUUUAUGACUGAGCAGACCAAAGCAGCCCAGAUUGUUGAAACAAUUUUGGAAAAUGUACCUCUUUAUGUUGAUGCUGAAUGUAUGCUAGCAUUUCAAGGUCUGUGCCUAUGUAGACUGAUGAUUUUCCUUGAAAGACGUCUUGUACGUGAUGAUGAGGAAGAUGACAAGAAGCUUGAUAAGAUCCGCUGGUCAUCUAACUUAGACUCAUUAUGCUAUAUAAUUGUGGACCGAGUAUAUAUGGGUGCUUUUCCACAGCCUGCUGCUAUAUGGAAAACUCUAGAAUUCUUGUUAUCGAUGUUACAGUUGGCAAAUAAAGAUGGACGAAUUGAAGAAGCAACUCCUACUGGAAAGGGUCUCCUAUCAAUUGGCAGGGGAAGCAGACAACUUGAGGCUUACAUUCAUUCAAUCCUCAAGAAUACAAAUCGGAUGAUAAUGUACUGUUUCCUACCAUCGUUCUUGGUCAUGAUAGGGGAAGAUGAUCUUCUUUCACGCUUAGGUCUACUUGUUGAGUCUAAAAAGGGAUUAUCUUCGAGUUCGGCCCAGGAAGACUCUGGAAUUAAUAUUUGCACUGUCUUGCAGUUGUUGGUUGCACACAGGCAAAUCAUCUUCUGCCCCAACAAUGUAGAUACAGAUCUAAACUGCUGUCUCUGUGUCAAUCUGAUCUCUCUUCUUCAAGAUCAAAGACGAAAUGUGCAAAAUAUGGCAGUCGAUGUCAUCAAAUAUCUAUUGGUGCAUCGCAGGGCUGCACUAGAAGACAUGCUUGUCUCUAAACAAAAUCAAGGACUGCACCUGGAUUUACUACAUGGUGGUUUUGACAGAUUAUUGACAGGAAGCUUACCGGCAUUCUUUGGGUGGCUUCAGAGUUCAGAGCAGCUUGUCAACAAAGUUCUAGAACAGUGUGCUGCCAUUAUGUGGGUGCAAUAUAUUGCUGGAUCAGCGAAAUUUCCUGGUGUAAGAAUUAAAGGCAUGGAUGGUCGUCGUAAGAAGGAGAUGGGAAGAAGAUAUCGGGAAACAUCGAAGCUGGACUUGAGACACUGGGACCAGAUAAAUGAACGGAGAUAUGCAUUGGAACUGGUUCGUGAUUCUAUGUCUACAGAGCUUAGAGUUGUUCGUCAAGAUAAGUAUGGAUGGGUUCUUCAUGCUGAGAGUGAGUGGGAGGCCCACCUCCAACAACUUGUUCAUGAACGAGGCAUAUUCCCUAUGCAUAAAUCAUCUGAUGAAGGAGAGCCAGAGUGGCAGCUUUGUCCCAUUGAAGGACCAUAUCGGACGCGCAAAAAGCUGGAGCGGUCCCACUUGAAAAUCGAUUGCAUCCAGAAUGUUCUUAAUAAUCAGUGUGAGCUGGCCAAAUCAAAGAAUGAGAAUGGUCCCAGUGCUUCUGAUACUGAUUCAGAACCAUUUUUUAACCAGUUGACUGAGGGUGGAAAUAAGAAUGAUGUUGAUGGGGAGCUAUAUCAUGAAUAUUCCAUUAAAGAGGCAGAUGAUGUGAAGGAUGUGGCCUCCCUAAGGAAUGGAUGGAAUGAUGACAGAGCUAGCAGCUUGAAUGAAGGUAGUCUUCAUUCAGCCCUUGAGUUUGGUGCAAAAUCUAGUGCACUGUCUGCGACAAUUACAGAGAGCAAUCAAGGAAGAUCUGACCUAGGAUCUCCAAGGCAAUCUUUGUCUACGAAAAUUGACGACGCCAAAACUAUGGAGGAUAGGUCAGAGAAGGAAUUGCAUGAUAAUGGAGAAUACUUAAUCAGACCUUACUUGGAGCCGUUUGAAAAAAUACGAUUCAGAUAUAAUUGUGAACGAGUUGUUGGUCUUGAUAAACAUGAUGGAAUAUUUCUGAUAGGUGAACUGUGCUUAUAUGUGAUUGAGAACUUCUAUAUCGAUGACUCUGGGUAUAUCUGUGAAAAAGAAUGCGAAGAUGAACUCUCUGUCAUUGAUCAGGCUUUGGGGGUAAAGAAGGAUGUCACUGGUGGGAUGGACUUCCAAUCCAAGUCCACUUCUUCUUGGGGCACUGCUGUCAAGGCUUUGGUUGGUGGAAGAGCAUGGGCUUAUAAUGGUGGUGCGUGGGGGAAGGAGAAGGUCUGUACAAGCGGUAAUCUGCCUCAUCCCUGGCGAAUGUGGAAACUUCAUAGUGUUCAUGAAAUUUUGAAGCGUGAUUACCAGCUGCGUCCUGUUGCUAUUGAGUUAUUCAGCAUGGAUGGAUGUAAUGAUCUCCUUGUAUUUCACAAAAAGGAAAGGGAAGAGGUGUUCAAAAAUUUGGUAGCCAUGAAUCUGCCAAGAAACAGCAUGUUGGACACAACCAUUUCAGGAUCAGCAAAGCAAGAUAGUAACGAGGGCAGCCGUCUUUUUAAGAUGAUGGCUAAGUCUUUUUCAAAAAGGUGGCAAAAUGGAGAGAUUAGCAAUUUCCAGUAUCUGAUGCAUCUGAACACCCUCGCAGGUCGUGGAUACAGUGACCUCACACAAUAUCCAGUGUUCCCCUGGGUGCUUGCAGAUUAUGAGAGUGAAACUCUAGACUUUUCAAACCCCAAGACAUUUCGUAAGCUUGACAAACCUAUGGGAUGUCAGACACUGGAAGGGGAAGACGAAUUUAGGAAAAGAUAUGAUAGUUGGGAUGAUCCAGAGGUCCCGAAGUUUCAUUAUGGUUCUCAUUAUUCAAGUGCUGGAAUUGUCCUUUUCUACCUUCUUCGUUUGCCACCUUUCAGUGCUGAAAAUCAGAAGCUACAAGGUGGCCAAUUCGAUCAUGCAGAUCGUCUCUUCAAUAGUAUAAAAGACACUUGGCUGAGUGCUGCUGGGAAGGGUAACACAUCAGAUGUGAAGGAACUUAUUCCCGAAUUCUUUUACAUGCCUGAGUUCAUGGAAAAUCGCUUCAAUCUCGACUUGGGACUCAAACAAUCUGGAGAGCAGGUAGGUGAUGUUGUCUUGCCUCCUUGGGCUAAUGGAAGUGCGAGGGAAUUCAUCAGGAAGCACAGAGAAGCGUUAGAAUCUGAUUAUGUUUCAGAAAACCUGCACCACUGGAUAGACCUCAUCUUUGGAUAUAAACAACGGGGCAAGGCCGCUGAAGAAGCUGUUAAUGUAUUCUACCAUUAUACAUAUGAGGGUAGUGUUGAUAUUGAUUCAGUUACAGACCCUGCCAUGAAAGCCUCCAUCUUAGCACAAAUUAAUCACUUUGGCCAGACACCGAAGCAGCUUUUCCUGAAACCCCAUGUAAAAAGAAAAGUUGACAGAAAACUUCCUCCGCAUCCGCUAAAGCAUUCCGCUCAUCUUGUUGCCCGCGAAGUUCGCAAAACAUCACAUGUGAUAACUCAAAUUGUUACCCUCAAUGAGAAAAUUCUGGUAGCUGGAGCCAAUACGUUGCUUAAACCCAAAACUUACACCAAAUAUGUUAUAUGGGGUUUCCCGGACCGUAGCUUGAGAUUUAUGAGUUAUGACCAGGACAGACUUCUCUCUACUCAUGAGAAUCUUCAUGGUGGCAACCAAAUUCAGUGUGUGAGUUCGAGUCAUGAUGGUCAAACUCUAGUCACUGGGGCAGAUGAUGGCUUAAUUUCAGUUUGGAGAAUAAGUAAAGAUGGACCCCGCAUGACACGUCAAUUGCAGUUGGAGAAGGCACUUUCUGCUCACACAAGCAAGGUGACUUGCCUUUAUGUCAGCCAACCAUACAUGCUGAUCGUGAGUGGAUCAGAUGACUGCAGCGUCAUUAUAUGGGACCUCAGCACAUUGGUCUUUGUCAGGCAAUUGCCUGAGUUCCCAACUGCUGUAUCGGCAAUUUAUGUAAAUGACCUCACCGGGGAGAUUGUAACAGCGGCGGGAGUGCUGCUUGCUGUUUGGAGUAUCAAUGGGGAUUGUCUCGCUUCGGUGAACGCAUCACAACUGCCAUCCGACUUUAUUCUGUGUGUAACCAGUUGCACAUUUUCAGAUUGGCUGGACACAAACUGGUACGUGACUGGUCAUCAAAGCGGUGCUGUGAAAGUUUGGCAAAUGAUUCAUUGCUCUGACCUAGAGGCCGAGGAGAGCAAGUCGAAGGGUUAUAGGGCCGGAGGGUUUAAUAUGGGUGAUAGGUCGUCAGAGUACAGAUUGGUGCUGCGCAAAGUUCUCAAGUUUCAUAAGCAUCCAGUAACUGCCCUCCACCUCACCAGUGAUCUGAAGCAGUUGUUAAGUGGGGAUUCCGAUGGGCAUUUGUCGUCAUGGACGAUACCUGAUGAAAUAGUGAGAUCUUCGUUUAAUAGGGGGUAGUGUGCAAAAAUUGGACGAUUCCCGAUCGUUUUUCCUCAAGUGGCAAAUCGAUUCUUUGAUGAUACUCCUAGGGUGAGUGCGAUCCCACGGUGGAGGAGUCUUACGUCCACACGAUCUGCAGAGUGUCGAACAAGGGACUGACCCGCCAUUCAAUUGAAGAGAGCAAAACUGAGCCUUAAGACAGCCUCUCGGCAUGGAUCGGCAAAUGAGCGGACGAUCCUGAGAUGUGGUAAGGUCCUGGAAUCGAUAGUACGCGGUGCAAUUUUUGAGUGAGGCAUGGGAUGUUUGUGAUUUUGCUGGUGAACAUCCGGGGAGUGAUUUAUCCGAUGUAAAUAGAUGAGUUCUUUGACAACGAGCAUUGUGUUGUACAGCAAAGAUAGUGUGCCUGUAACAGUUUAUGACAAUUCAUUCAUAUUGGAAAGAAUUGGUGAGAGUUCUUAAAUUCGUUAACGGUAAUCUUUUCA